CUCCUUCCAUCUCCCAUCUCCUCCCACUCUACCUCCUCAUCUCCUAGUCUCUCGCGACCUGUAAUUCGGGAUUACCCGAAGCCUGAAUCCGAAAUGUCGGGCACCCGAAUUUUCAGGAUUUGGUUUUGCAAGCUAAAUUCGGGUAUUAAUUUUGGAAACCCGAAAUUUAAAAAGCCCGAAAUACCCGACCCGAAUUAUCGGGUAAACCCGAACGCCCAGCCUUUCAACGCCAAUUGUCCAGCCGAGCCUCCAGCGAAACCCUCCUUCCUCUUUCCUUUUUUAAACUCGUUCUAGACUUCGGCCGGCCGCCGCCACGGUCCACGGAGUCGUUCCAUUCGGGAGAGGCGAAGCGUUUUUAGGGCUUCUUCCUCCCCCGCCGCCGGCUCCGUGCACGACAAACCCUACCUUCUUGACGUCUCAUCCGAGGUUCGGCUCGGUAGUUUGAGUCCCCCGGCUCCCUCUCCAUGGCGCUCCGGUUCGAGGUAUUAGGAAGAUUUAAUCGUGCUCGUGCAGCGCGGUUAACUCUACCACACUUUACUUGUCAAACACCGCUUUUUAUGCCUGUUGGAACCCAAGGUACAAUAAAAGGCUUGACUACUGACCAGUUAGAGGAUAUAGGUUGCCAGAUUAUACUUGGAAAUACUUACCACCUUGAACUUCGUCCGGGCUCUCAACUUAUUGAUGAUCUGGGUGGCCUUCACAAGUUUAUGAAUUGGAAAAGGGCAUUGCUGACUGACUCUGGUGGUUUCCAAAUGGUUUCUUUGCUGCAUUUGGCUGACAUUACUGAGGAAGGAGUUACAUUUCAGUCACCUGUUGAUGGGAAACCCAUGCUCUUGACACCUGAGGAAUCAAUCCAUAUUCAGAACAACAUUGGAGCUGAUAUAAUCAUGGCUCUUGAUGAUGUUGUGAAGACCACAAUUACUGGUCCAAGGAUAGAGGAAGCUAUGUAUCGUACCCUUCGCUGGAUCGAUAGGUGCAUAUCUGCUCAUAAGAAACCUGAUGUCCAAAACUUAUUUGGGAUUGUGCAAGGAGGAUUAGAUCCAGUUCUUAGAGAUAUUUGCGUAAGGGGCUUGGUCGAGCGGAAGCUUCCUGGAUAUGCUAUCGGAGGUCUUGCAGGUGGUGAAGAUAAAGACUCGUUCUGGCGUGUUGUUGCUCAGUGCACUGCUGGAUUGCCUGAAGAUAAACCACGAUAUGUGAUGGGUGUUGGUUAUCCACUUGAUAUUGUAGUAUGCAGUGCUUUGGGUGCAGAUAUGUAUGACUGUGUUUAUCCAACACGCACUGCUCGCUUUGGGACUGCACUUGUGCCUGAGGGUGUUCUGAAGUUGAAACAAAACGCAAUGGCAACUGAUGAACGGCCGAUUGAUCCUUCCUGUUUAUGUAUGGUCUGCAAAAACUACACGCGUGCUUACUUGCAUUGUCUCGUCACCAAAGAUCCUAUGGGUUCUCAACUGCUAUCAUAUCACAACUUAUAUUUUAUGAUGCGGUUAAGUAGAGAUCUCCACAUGUCAAUUCUUGAGGGACGGUUUCCAGAAUUCGUGAGAGGAUUCCUGAGGGUACAGUUCCCAAAGGGUGAUGUCCCGAAGUGGGUUCUUAAUGCGAUGGAGGUUGCUGGCAUUGACAUAUCAGAGUGCUGCACUCCCACCAAAUGUCAGCAUGAUGCGAUGGGGGCUGCUGGCGUCGACAUACCAGAGUUCUGCGUUCCCACCGAAUGUCCCUGAUGGUACGGAUUACACGGUAUGAGGGCGGUCACAUAGAGGUCAAGGUGACCCCCCAUAUUUAACAUGACAGGUUUUCACAAGAUUUUUGUCAUAGAUGUAGGCCUCAUACUGCUUCAGCAUAGAAUUUUCCAACAGUAUGCCGAGACUGGCUGAUAGGUUUGAUAGUUCCGGUGAUGUCGGAUUCUCUUUUUAGAUUGUAGCUGCCGGCUGGGAUAUACUCCAUAUGUUGUGGAUGGUUAAAUGAACCAUCGGUCGUUGUGUCGUUUGCAAAAGAUUUUUUUAUUGGUAGGAACAGACUACAUGAAGUUGUAAAAGCAGUAUUCUAGUCGUGUAAAUUGUUGUUGCAACGGGGUCAUUUAGUUUCAUCCAAGAUUGCAGUUUUCCGCAGUCUGUGAA